GGCGAGCGGGCGGGAUCCUGCGAGGCGCAUGAAACCUCGCUGGCGCCUGCUCGGGGACCCAGACGUUAGCGGGCGCGGAGUUUCUCGCGACCGAACGAGCCCGCCUUUGCUGACAGCAUUUCAGAAAGCAUCAACUUUUCUCUGUGGACCCAUUCAUCAAAUGAAAUAUGCUUGUACUAUUUUUAAAAGCUUUUUAAUUCAUCAUGGAACAGUUCACCCAGCAAAAUGAAAAUGAGGACAUUUGAAAGGAUGAUUUAAGGUGUGGCUGUUUGAGAAGAUGUCCCACCAAGUCAUUGAACCAAAGGAUAAGUGUUGAAUAGAUUAAUCCAAAUACUUUCUUAUAUCAGGACGACUUCGUCUUGACAGAAAACAACUUUUAUUCAGUAUUUAUUUUCUGAAAUAAAAAGCAGGAGACAAGAACAGACUUAAAUAAGAGAAGAUGUAAAUAAGCAAUAUUUGCUGUGUUCUCAUGAAGAUAACUCAGUGAUGUGAAAUUGUUUACAAAUCUACUGGGUUGUGGUCUUAAAGAUAAGACUCUUGAUGGGACUGAUGAAGAGAAGUAGGAUAUUUUGUGCAUUCAACUCCCUGUGGUAGAAUUUGCAGUCAUCGUUAUGAGAGGCUUGGUAGAGGAAAUAAAGCAGCUUUCAUCUAAAUUCAGAAGUGUGGUCUUUUUUUUACUGCAGUUAUUUUGAAAACCUCUUCAUAACUAUUUAAAAAGAAUUGACAACUUUUUUAAGACUAAAGAAAGGCAGAUGUCUGCAAAUAAUUCCCCUCCAUCAGCCCAGAAGUCUGUGUUACCUGCGACUAUUUCUGCUGUGCUUCCUGCUCCUUCUCCGUGUUCAAGUCCUAAGACCGGACUCUCCACCCGACUCUCUAAUGGAAGCUUCAGUACACAGUCACUCACCAACUCCAGAGGCUCAGUGCAUACAGUUUCAUUUCUACUGCAGAUUGGUCUCACAAGAGAGAAUGUUACCAUCGAAGCCCAGGAACUGUCUUUAUCUGCUGUCAAGGAUCUUGUGUGCUCCAUUGUUUAUCAAAAGUUUCCAGAGUGUGGAUUCUUUGGCAUGUAUGAUAAAAUUCUUCUCUUUCGUCAUGACAUGAACUCAGAAAAUAUUUUGCAGCUGAUUACUACAUCAGAUGAAAUACGUGAAGGAGAUCUAGUUGAAGUUGUUCUUUCAGCCUUGGCCACUGUAGAAGACUUCCAGAUUCGUCCACAUACUCUCUAUGUACAUUCUUACAAAGCUCCUACUUUUUGUGAUUAUUGUGGUGAGAUGCUUUGGGGAUUGGUACGUCAGGGACUAAAAUGUGAAGGCUGUGGAUUAAAUUAUCAUAAACGGUGUGCCUUCAAGAUUCCAAAUAACUGUAGUGGAGUAAGAAAAAGACGUCUAUCAAAUGUGUCUCUACCAGGACCUGGUCUUUCCAUUCCAAGACCCUUACAGCCUGAAUGUGUACCCCUUCUCAAUGAAGAGUCACACGUUCAUCAAGAACCAAGUAAGAGGAUUCCAUCCUGGAGUGGUCGCCCAAUCUGGAUGGAGAAGAUGGUAAUGUGCAGAGUGAAGGUUCCACACACAUUUGCUGUCCACUCUUACGGUCGUCCCACCAUAUGUCAGUACUGCAAGCGAUUAUUAAAAGGCCUUUUUCGUCAAGGAAUGCAGUGUAAAGAUUGCAAAUUCAACUGCCAUAAACGCUGUGCAUCUAAAGUGCCAAGAGACUGCCUUGGAGAGGUUACUUUCAAUGGAGAACCUUCUAGUCUGGGAACAGAUACGGAUAUACCUAUGGACAUUGACAACAAUGACAUGAAUAGUGAUGGUAGCCGGGGCUUGGAUGACACAGAAGAACAAUCUCCCCCAGAAGAUAAAAUGUUCUUCCUGGAUCCAUCUGAUCUUGAUGUGGAACGAGAUGAAGAACCUGUUAAAACAAUCAGUCCAUCAACAAGCAAUAAUAUUCCGCUAAUGAGGGUUGUACAAUCCAUCAAGCACACAAAGAGGAAGAGCAGCACAAUGGUGAAGGAAGGGUGGAUGGUCCAUUAUACCAGCAGGGAUAACCUGAGAAAGAGGCAUUAUUGGAGACUUGACAGCAAAUGUCUAACAUUGUUUCAAAAUGAAUCUGGAUCAAAGUAUUAUAAGGAAAUUCCACUUUCAGAAAUUCUCCGAGUAUCUUCACCACGAGAUUUCACAAAUAUUUCACAAGGCAGCAACCCACACUGUUUUGAAAUCAUCACUGAUACUAUGGUAUACUUUGUUGGUGAGAACAAUGGGGACAGCUCUCACAAUCCUGUUCUUGCUGCCACUGGAGUUGGACUUGAUAUAGCACAGAGCUGGGAGAAAGCAAUUUGCCAAGCCCUUAUGCCUGUGACUCCUCAAGCAAGUGUUUGCACUUCUCCAGGGCAAGGGAAAGAUCACAAAGAUUUGGCUACCAGUAUCUCUGUGUCCAAUUGUCAGGUCCAGGAGAAUGUGGACAUCAGCACUGUUUACCAGAUCUUUGCAGAUGAGGUGCUUGGUUCAGGACAGUUUGGCAUUGUUUAUGGAGGAAAACACAGGAAGACUGGAAGGGAUGUGGCUAUUAAAGUAAUUGAUAAGAUGAGAUUCCCCACAAAGCAGGAAAGUCAACUCCGUAAUGAAGUGGCUAUUUUACAGAAUUUGCACCAUCCUGGGAUUGUAAACCUGGAAUGUAUGUUUGAAACCCCAGAACGUGUGUUUGUAGUAAUGGAAAAGCUACAUGGAGAUAUGUUGGAAAUGAUUCUGUCCAGUGAGAAAAGUCGGCUUCCAGAAAGAAUUACUAAAUUCAUGGUUACACAGAUACUUGUUGCUUUGAGGAAUCUACAUUUUAAGAAUAUUGUGCACUGUGAUUUAAAGCCAGAAAAUGUGCUGCUUGCAUCAGCAGAGCCAUUUCCUCAGGUGAAACUGUGUGACUUUGGAUUUGCACGCAUCAUUGGUGAGAAGUCAUUCCGGAGAUCGGUAGUAGGAACUCCAGCAUACUUAGCCCCUGAGGUUCUCAGGAGCAAAGGUUACAACCGAUCUCUAGAUAUGUGGUCAGUGGGAGUCAUUGUCUAUGUGAGCCUGAGUGGCACAUUUCCAUUCAAUGAGGAUGAAGAUAUAAAUGACCAAAUCCAAAAUGCUGCAUUUAUGUACCCACCAAAUCCCUGGAGAGAAAUUUCUAGUGAAGCAAUUGAUUUGAUAAACAACCUGCUUCAAGUGAAAAUGAGAAAACGUUACAGUGUUGACAAAUCUCUUAGUCAUCCCUGGCUACAGGACUAUCAGACUUGGCUUGACCUUAGGGAAUUUGAAACUCGCAUUGGAGAACGUUACAUUACACAUGAAAGUGAUGAUGCUCGCUGGGAAAUACAUGCAUACACACACAACCUUGUAUACCCAAAGCAUUUCAUUAUGGCUCCCAAUCCAGAUGAUAUGGAAGAAGAUCCUUAAUUUUACCAGUGAGCCAACUUGAACAAGGAAGGAUUUCAUUUUAUAAACUGCUAUUUUGCUGUGGUUUAACUGUUGUUCUUUGUAGGUUGUCAUUAGCAAGGAUGCAAAAACAGGAGAUAAUUGGCAUCAAUACUGUAGUUCAGAAUAAGUAGGUACACGAAGGGAAAGAAAUACAUAAUGGAAUCAAAAUCAAACUUUCUAUGAAUUUUUGUACCAUAAGCAAUAACUGGUUUUGUAUAUUUUUCUACUCCUUCACUUUAAGUACAGUAAUGCUACUUAAUUUAUCUUCCCUUUCCUGAUCUUACAUCAUUUCUUUUAAAAGCCUGUGAUUGUCCAGUUAUUGUUAUAGCUUAACCAAAUCAUACAAAAAUGGUAAGGUUGAUUACUAAACACAUUUGCAUUUAAGCAGUGACUGUGAGGCUACCAAUGUGAUUUACUGUAGAACUUUUUAAACAUUUGUCUAACCAGACAUCAUGGCAUUAAAGGGUUUUCUAGCUGCCUCUAAAAGGAAUGCUGACUUUCAAAACAUUGAAACAGUUAUUCCUAACCUUUUUAGAGCUAUAAAUUUGAAUAUGGUCUCUACAGCAUAAAAAUUAAGUUGCCACCUUGUGUAUGUUUCAAUAGCCACUAGAAUAACUUGGGACAAUUGGUAUAACAAGGUAAGGAGUAGGAACAGCUGGUAUAAAUUCUGAGUGGUUAUGUGUGCCUUCUCAUAGCUCAACUCUGCUGCUAAACAGUCAUAUUCCCAACUGACACCAUUGUGAUGCACAAUAUCCCAACAUUCAUUUGGUACAGAGCUAAACUUUAAUUACAUAUUUCAUCUUUACCCAGGUUGAAUAAUUUGAGGAAAAAGAUAAAUGGAGGGUCAGUUUAGAGGCAGUUAUUGCCACUGUCACUAUAUAGAAAACAGUAUCUUUUUCUUCUUCCCUUAGCCUAUUGAAGGGCUUUGCAGAUGUCUGGAGUAUUUUUAUAUCAGCAUUUUAUUUUAAGCAGUUUGAAGGAGAGGAUGGGGAUAGACAUGAAGAACUCAUUUAUAAGGAUGAAUCUGUAUGUUCCUCAAAGAAAAGACCUGAGACCAUAGGAAAUAUAGUGGCUUUGUUUCUUCACUCAGCAAUAAAUCACCGUGAACUAUUGUUUUGCUUCUUUCCCAUUCUAAGAACAAAAAAAUUGGAGUCUUGAAAUUUGGGUUUCUGAUUCAAGAUCUUGGCUCUGUUAUUUAUUAUCUGUUGGCCUCAGCACAUAACAGUUUGUCUAAUUCCUCAGUCUAUAAAAUGAAGAUCAAAUUUUUUGCCUCUGUCUUCCUCACAGUGUGGUCAUGUAGAUCCCAUAUGUAUGAAUGUAAUUACUUGAUCAUUUGAAAAGUAUAAAAUUGUUAAUUAUCAUUGCCUACUGAAUUUGAGGUAUCAAAGGGAAAACAUGUUUUUGUGGAUGAACAGACUAAGAGAGAGGGCCUUUUUAGCAUCUCUGUAAAGGACAGACGAAUCAUAUCUAAAAAUACUGAGAAUAGAAACAAUUUUCAGUGCCUCUGUAUUCUUUAUAUGUUUUAAAAUUUAUCCUUCCAAUAGCCAUGUGGUAAGUACAUCAUGAAUCUCAACUUAUGGAUAAAGAAAUAGAGGUACAGGGUUACUAUCAAAGUUCAUAUAGUCAUUAUGUAGAUUUAAACACCUAGGCAGUAUGUCUCCAGAGUCCUCUUACCCAUCAUGGUCAUCAUGCUGUACUGUGUAUAUACAUCACCAGUAGACAUUCCACAUAUCUCCAUAAUUUGUUCUCAGAUCUUUUUGGAAAAAAAAAAAAAAUAUAUAUAUAUAUAUAUAUAGGUAGUACUUACCGAGGUUGAACUCAGGACCUUGAGCCAAUCCACAGGCCCCACAAAGAUUAAUUUUGAGAAACCUUUUUAUAGAUUUUCUCUGUGAUAGAGGAUGACUUCCCCACAUAGUCCAAAGUAAGUCUGUUUAUAUCAACAUGCACAAGAUGGAAUAAUUUUGAGUCACUAGGGCAACCUACUGUGGUUUUACUACAUAAGGUGAAAAUUAACUGGAAUAACAUUCAUUUGAUAUACUUAUGUAAUCAGACUGUAUAAGCCAUGAAAUUAAUUGCACUCUUUUUUGUUUUGUUGAAUGCCUAAGAAGUUUCUUAAAAAAUUUGUAAAGGCACUGUCAGGUCAUUUGGAGUUGAAUAAUUACUCCACAUACUGUAUAACCUGCAUAACCUUUUGUCUUGAAGUCAACUUGUGUUUGUAUAAGAAAUAAUUGUUUCUAGAAACAUUUGGUAAUGUACAAAGUAUUCUAUAAUGACACUGUCCAGUACCUUUUUAUACUUUUUUGUUACAUCCCACUUUUUGUAAAUAUUU